GUGUGUCUGACUAGUUGGGUGUCUCAGUGUAGCUGAGUUUUUCUUUUCUCCAUUCUGCUCCCUCCCUAUAACACUCCUGAGUCCGUCCCCCGCCCCACCCCAUCGGUGUUUCUCUCUUUCGAGUAUCACUUCUCUUUCCUCUGCACUCUGCUGCCUCCCCUCCAGGCAGCGCCCUUGAACCUCUCACUCCCUGCUCCACACACACCCCUCACCCAGCACCGGAUGGACCCCCUGCCUCUGUUCCUCUACCUGUGCGCAGUGCUGGCACCAAACCAUGGAUUCAGUGUGGAUGUGGAAGGACCCAUCACCUUCCAGGAGACAGCAGCGGGCUUUGGGCAGAGCGUGGUGCAGUUCGGGAGUGCCAGCACUGGGGGACUGAUCGUCGGGGCCCCGCAGCAGAUAGGAGGCGUGAAUGAAACUGGCAAAGUCUACAAGUGCGACCCGGGUUCCAGACGCUGCCAGGAGAUCCCCAUUCAGAGACCCCCCGAUGCCAUGAACAUGUCCCUCGGUUUGUCUCUGGCGGCCCGUGGCUCUGAGUUCCUGGUGUGCGGCCCCACGGUGCACCGGGCCUGUGGGGAGAAUAUGUACGUCAACGGCUACUGCUUCCUCCUGGACCAGAGCCUCCAGCAGCUCCAGCGCAUCCCGGACAAUCUGCCAGAGUGCCCCAGACGUGCCACAGACAUAGCGCUCCUCGUCGACAGCUCGGGCAGCAUCGCACCUGUGGACUUUGGAAAAAUGAAGACAUUUGUCGCUGAGAUCAUGAAGCGUUUCCCCAGCACCGACACGCAGUUCGCCCUCAUGCAGUACUCCAAUAAAUUUGAAUUGCACUUCGACUUCAUGGCGUACAGGAGAAGUCAUCACCCCGAUCACCUUGUCUGGAGGAUUGAGCAGCUUCAUGGAACGACAUACACGGCCACAGCCAUCCGGAAAGUCGUGCGGGAGCUGUUCACCUCUGGGAGAGGCGCUCGGGAUGAGGCCACCAAGGUUCUCAUUGUGAUCACAGAUGGGGAGAAAUACAAAGACCCGCUUUCUUAUUCAGACGCCGUCCCUGAGGCUGACAAAGCUGGAAUCAUCCGCUACGCCAUUGGGGUUGGUGAGGCCUUCUCCAGUGACACUGCCCAACAGGAGCUCCAGGAGAUCGCCUCUGAGCCGACCAAUGAGCACGUCUUCCGGGUGGACAAUUUCGAUGCCCUCCAGGGUAUCCAGAACCAGCUGCAGGAGAAGAUAUUCGGUAUCGAAGGCACCCAGUCCCAGAGCGGCAGCUCCUUCCAGCUGGAGAUGUCCCAGGAAGGAUUCAGCUCCCUGCUGUCCCCUGAGGGGCCUGCGCUGGGAGCGGUGGGAGCCUAUGACUGGUCCGGUGGGAUAUACCUGUACAGGAGCAGCGGGAAGCCGAGCUUCAUCAACGUAUCCAGAACCUCCGCUGACAUGAAUGAUGCUUAUCUCGGUUAUUCAUCUCAGGUCAUCACAGCCAAUGGGCAAAGCAGCUACGUGGUCGGGGCCCCUCGCUACCAACAUGCCGGCAAAGUCGUCCUGUUCAGCCGGGAUACCAAGGGUGGGAAAUUGACACCCAGAUCAGAGGUGCUGGGAGAGCAGAUUGGCUCAUAUUUUGGGGGUACACUGUGCGCUGUGGACCUCGACAGAGAUGGGAACACGGACCUGGUUCUAAUCGGAGCCCCCAUGUACCAUACACCUCUGAAUGGGGGGCGUGUCUCUAUCUGCCUGAUUAACUGGCCGAGGGUGACGCUGAUCUGCAGGAAGACACUGCAGGGGCAGACGGGGCAGGCGUUUGGGCGCUUCGGGGCCAGCAUGUCUGAAAUCGGGGACAUCAGCGGGGACGGAUGGAGAGAUGUGGCCAUCGGGGCCCCCAUGGAGAGCGACAAUAGCGGGGCCUUGUACAUCUUCCAUGGGGAAAAGGGAGGCCUCAAUCCCCAGUAUAGACAGCGCAUCGAGGGGUCACAGUUUCCCAGCAGGCUGCACUACUUUGGCCAGGCCGCCAGUGGCGGGACAGACCUGACGGGGGACGGACUGCCAGACAUCGCGGUGGGGGCACAAGGGCAGGUCCAGCUGCUGAGGUCCCGGCCAGUGCUCAGAGUCGGGGUCUCCAUCAGCUUCCAACCCCCCACGAUCCCAACCUCAGCUUUCGACUGCCAGGGGCAGGAGCAGCUCAACACGGAAGCCAGCAGGGCAGAGGUCUGCUUCACUGUCACUAAGAGCACCAGUGACAGCCUAGGUAACAGGAUCUCCAGCAUCAUCCAGUACCGCCUGGCUCUGGACCCCGGGCGGACGAAGAUCCGAGCCGCCUUCGAGUCCACCGGCCCUGUCCUGAGCAGAGAACUGCGGCUCGGCAUCAAGACGAGAUGUGAGAUGUACCGGAUAAUGUUUCCUCUCUGCCCAGAGGACACCCUGACCCCCAUCACCCUGCGUCUCAACUACACCCUGAUAGGGGAGCCCAUCUCUACCGCUAGCAACCUCAAACCCAUCUUGAGCGAGGACUCUGCGACAGUGUCUGCAGGCUUGCUCCCGUUUCAGAAGGACUGUGGCACAGAUGACCGCUGCGAUGACCAGUUAGAAAUCUCCUUCAAUUUCUCUGGCUUGAGCACCCUGGUGGUGGGCGUCACCCCCGAACUCAACACCACCGUCUCCAUCCAGAAUCAUGGGGAGAAUUCCUACAGCACCAGUGUGCGAUUCUUCUUCCCGGCCGCGCUGUCCUACCGCCGGGUGCUGCUGCUCCAGUCUAACAGGAGGGCCGUGGCCGUUAAGUGCAGCUCGGCCGUGGGCUCCGAGGAGCAGACUCAGAGGAACAGCACCUGCCACGUCAACCACCCCAUCUUCGGGAGUGGAGCUGAGGCCGUCUUUGUCGCCACCUUCGACGUCUCCUCUGAGGCUGACCUGGGGGACAGGCUGCCGAUCACGGCCAAGGCCAGCAGUGACAAUGGCGGCCCCAUCACCGAGCGCAUGAUUCACCAGGCGGAGCUGCCGGUCAAGUACGGCAUCUUCGUCAUCCUCACCAGCCUCGAGGAGUCGACCAAGUACGUCAACUUCUCCGCCACGGAGGCAGGGACAAGUGAGCCAGUGACACAUCGGUACGAGGUCAAGAACCUGCGGCAGCGAAACGUCCCCCUCUCGGUCAUGUUCCAGUUCCCCGUGGAGCUGAGCGGGGCCCGGGUGUGGGACGCCUCUGAGGUCGUCCCCUCCAAGCCCCAGCUGGCUCAGUGCACCAGUGAGGUGGGAACGACCAGUUCAAAGGACCUUGUGAUGCAGAUGAGCGAGCGCCCCCUGCUGGACUGCUCCGUGGCCACCUGUAAGAAGAUCCGGUGCAGAAUCGCCUCCCUGGAAAUGCAGCAGCCGCUGGAGUUCAUGAUCAAAGGGAACGUCAGCUUCCAGUGGGUCUCCCAGACUCAGCAGCAGAAAGUGAGUCUGGUGAGCGAGGCCCGGAUUGAAUACGAGGAGAAGAAAUACACCCAGAAGGAGGGAUUUGUCCAGCGCCAGGUGCAGACGGUGGUGGAGCGCUCUGAGGUCUAUAACUACCUGCCCAUCAUCGUGGGCAGCAGCGUGGGGGGCCUGAUCCUGCUGGCUCUCAUCACUGCAGCCCUCUACAUGCUCGGCUUCUUCCAGCGCCAGUACAAGCAGAUGAUGGAGGACGCUGUGGAGGACGAGGGGCCUGGCCCGACCCAGAGCGCCUCCGCUGGCAACCCCCCUGCUUCCGAUGUCCCAAAACAAUAGCCCUCCAUGUGCCAACACCCCCAGCUUGGCCUCCCUCUGGGCUGCUCCAGAUUCAGCCCCGCCCGCUUAUGUUGGUCAUUGGACACCCUCCCACUAACAAAAUGCGUCCUCGUGCCAACUAUAGCCAAUUGUUACAGAAAUUAGGCUUGGCCGAAUUCUCUUUGUCUUUUUAUAAUUUUGAUGGAAAAUGUUGCUAUUUAUUUUAGGCCUUUUUUUAAAGUUCCAUCGAUUUUAAAUUUUGAUGUGGAAAAUUAUGGGUAUAUAAGCAUCUUUUUUUAAUCAAUUCAAAUUAUCCCAGUUGCGGGAAUUUCUGUGUGUGUGGGGGGGGUGUCGGGCCAUAUGUGGAGGUCAGACAAUUAUUUAAUGGCAGUAGAGGUUGAGAUUCAAAAAGUUAAAGCUUUGUAACUAUGCUUGGAAGGACUGGAUUUUUAUCGGGAAAUGUUGUAUUCACCACACACACACACAAACUGCUGGCAAAAUAUUUCUAUUGCUUAUAAUCAAAAUUUGCAGAUAAGCAAAGUAAGAAUAAUGCUGCUUGAGAAUUUCUUAGAGUUGGAUUUGAGGCUAUUGACUUAGCCAAGGUCUACUCUGGGUGGGGAUCGAUCUAAGAUACGCAACUUCAGCUACGAAAAUAGCGUAGCUGAAGUCGGCGUACUUAAAUCAACUUACCGCGGUGUCUUCAUGGCGCUGAAUUGACUGCUGCCACUCCCCCAUCGACUCCACUUGCACCCCUCUUGGCGGUGGAGUACCGGAGUCGACAGGAGAGCGCUCAGGGAUCGAUUUAUCGCAUCUAGACUAGAUGCGAUUGUAAUGAUGCUGGUUCUGGCGGGACCCAACUGAGGGUACCAGUUCAGGACAAAUUGCUUCAAGCAGGGCAGUUACAGCCCAAGGCUGGGGUUUUUAUGCACACCAAGGCAAACCAAACCAGCCAGACAGAGAAGACUUUGGUUUUACCCCACUGGCUAACCACAAGUCACACAAGUAAUUCCCUUAGACACUCCAAUUUCCCAGUAUCACCACCAGUGCUUCUCAUUAUGGGGAUAAAUGGUUAUGAAAACCAAUACCCCAGUAAAAGAAAAAAGGUUCUCUCGAUCCCAAAGGACCAAGCCCCAGACCCAGAUCAAUAUACAAAUCAGAUCUUACCCACAAAUCACACUGUUGCCAAUCCUUUAGAAUCUAAAAUCUAAAGUUUUAUUCAUAAAAGGAAAAAGAUACAGAUGAGAGCUAGAAUUGGUUAAAUGCAAUCGAUUACAUACAGUAAUGGCAAAGUUCUUGGUUCAGGCUUGCAGCAGUGAUAGAAUAAACUGCAGGUUCAAAUUAAGUCUCUGGAGAACAUCCCCAGCUGGGAUGGGUCUUUCAGUCCUUGGUUCAAAGCUUCAGUGUAGCAAAGUCCCUCCAGAGGUAUGAAGCAGGAUUGAAGACAAGAUGGAGGAGCUGCAGCAGCUUUUUAUAUUCUCUUGCCAUGUGGUCUUUCUUCCUUUGUCCUAAAGACAAGCUGUCCAUCACAUGGCCUGGAAAAACCUCAGAGUUCUGUCCAUAGGCAGGUCCCUGCAUAUCUGGCUGAGUCACAAGGCUUGUCUGCCUUCUCUCAAUGGGUCAUUUGUGUCACUGAUAGUCUGUAAUGGGCCAACAAGCAGGCUAGGCAGAGCUGAAACCAACUUGUCUGGAGU